CUUCAUCUGUGGGCGAUUCCUGUCCAAAUGGAUCCCAUAAACGCGUUCCAGGUGGCAGCCGCUGUUAUCGGCCUAGUCGACUUUGGCGCACGCGUUUUGUCCGACACAGUUGAGAUUUACAAGAGCGCAUCGGGGCAUACUCAACGCGAUGUCGAGCUUACGACACUAUCUGACGAAUUGUCGAAUCUCAGCGAGCAGCUGCAGAACCGCCUGGAGGGAACAUCUACUACGUCCUUGGCAUCUGAAUCCACCUUGCGAGGCUUGUCGGCACGAUCCAUCGACGCCAGCAACAAGCUCAAAUCAGCCAUCGCCGACCUUCAGGCAAACAAGCCUGGAACCAGCAAAAUCAGUACCGCGGCGAACAGUUUCGCUUCUGCUCUCAAAGCGAUCUGGAAAAAGAGCGAGAUUGAGGCUUUGAAGGAAAACCUCGUGGAAAUCCGGUCUCAGAUAACCAUUGCAACACUCAUCUCUGUCUGGGAAGAGACGAGACAAGAUGGCCAGAGGCAUGGCGACCUGAAGGACCGUCUGGACCAAAUCGCUAAAAAGCUUGACCGCCGCGAUGACACGGCUCACCUGUUUGCCAAGGAGCUUAUGCAGAUGACGGUUGAGGGCAACACUGGUAAUUUGAGUCGCAAAAAUGCAGAUCUCGUCAAUAUUCUUUGGGGCAUUGACUGGAAAUCUUGGGAUAAGAGCCAGGGGGGCGGCCUCUUUAAGAAUCUCCAGCCAGAAGAACAGCGGGAACCUGGGGAUUUGCCUAUUGGCAUGAGGAUUCUCAGCAGUCUUUCUUUUCGUGAGAUGUAUGGAAGGAAGCAAGCGAUUCCUCUGGCAUACGCAAACACGUAUCACUGGAUCUUCAGAGACGAGCAAUCCGGCGAGAAUGGAGAAAAACUGGAAUGGCCAAGUUUCCCUCAAUGGCUUCAGAAAAAAGACGACUCCCUCUAUUGGAUCACCGGAAAACCAGGCUCGGGAAAGUCAACUCUCAUGAAGUACAUCUUUGACAAUCCGCAACUUCGGAUCAGUCUCAAAGGCUACGCCGGAGAUUUGCCCCUGAUGUUGGCCGGCUUCUUCUUCUGGAACCCAGGUUCUGAAGUCGAGAAGUCACAGGAAGGGCUACUCCGUACCAUUCUCCAUCAGUGUUUGUCCGACAGGGAGGAUCUUAUCCCUGUUGUGGCACCCAGGCGAUGGGCCCUGCACUCCAUUCUGGGAAGCAGUACCACUGCUCCGGAAUGGACUUGGCGGGAGCUAAAAGAGUCCUUCGAGGUACUCUGCUCGCUCCAUGGAAAGGAAUUUCAACUUGCUCUUUUCAUCGACGGACUGGAUGAAUUUGGUGAAAACGGAAAGUCCCCCAGCGUUCUAGUCGACUGGAUCCUGGACGUCAUCAAGCGCCAUCACGUCAAAGUUUGCGUCUCAAGUCGACCAUGGAAUGUGUUUUCCGAUGCGUUUCAAAAAGAACGCUCCCUGAUGAUGCAGAGUUUAACUUACCGAGACAUUGAACAUUUCGUGCAGACCAAGUUCGGGGAUUCUGUUGCAUUCCAAGAGUUAUCUGAAGUUUUCUAUGACGAGGCAAGCACAUUGCUCAAAGAUAUAGUCGAAAGGGCGGAAGGAAUUUUCCUCUGGGUUGACCUUGUUGUACGGUCUCUCCUAUCGACUCUUGUUGACACACCAUCGUUGCCACAUCUACAAGAGAAGCUUGCCGAGAUUCCAAGUGACAUCAAGGGUCUAUACGAUAACAUAUGGCGCUCUAUACCGCUUGAUAGACUAGCAACUACGUCCAAAAUCUUCCAGCUCUGCGCAACAAAUAUCGGAAACUCUACUGCGGAGACAUUCUGGCUUGCCACUGGAGGAAGUUCUCAUAUUGUCAUGGAUCCCAAGGCACGGCAGGGCAUACCCAAGUUGAUGAAGAGGAUUCUAGAUGGCCACACUAGGGGGAUGUGUGAGUUGUCGUCGAACGACAAUCAUGAUGUGGAGUUUCUCCACCGUUCUGCAUCGGAAUGGGCACUGGAGAACAGCAUGUGGAACGAGAUCUGUUCCAAGUCACCCGCCGACUUUGAACCGAAUUUGAACUUGCUGGAAUCAUUACUAAUACUGCACCCAACCGAAGAGCCUCCUCAGACUGUUGAAUUGGCUCAUAUCUUCGACAUCGUGACUUCUUUGUUGCAGUACGCAUUCGGAGCUAAAGAUUCGAAACGAGUUUCAGAAGUUCGCCUCAUCAAAGCCCUUGACAACGUACACAAAGUCGCAGAAACCAUCAUGGACAAAAGUUCCAGGUUCGAUGGAUACAGAAAGCCGACAGACGCCAACACCAAUUCAUUUUCUGCGAACAACUGGCUUGCCCAUGAGUUCAUGCAGGAAAGUGGCCGCCUCGAGUGUUCUUUUGUUGGUGCUGUUGCACGGGUAGGCUUGACCUUUUACGUCAAGAAGAAGGUUUUAGAGGAUAAAUCACUCUUAAUACCUCGGAGAAAUAGAGUGUCUCUUCUGGAGAGCGCUAUAUUUCAGAACUCAGAGUCAUCAAGUUUGGAUUUGUCGGAGUCUGGUCUAGUCUUUGUCUCGUCUAGGGUACUAUCUGAACGAUUGGAGAUUAUUCAGUUUCUCCUCGAGGUCAGUGAUGCCCAUUACGAAACAGCACUUGGCAAACCAAUGUAUGACAUCGUUCAAAAGUUCACCUCGCAAGAGUUCGCGGAAGAGUUCGCGGAAGAGUUCGGAGAAGAGGAUUCUCAACAGUACGACAUCUCAGAGUGGUAUACCGAGGUAUUAAGGUUGCUAGAGCAACAUGGCUAUGGACCUGGCGGCACAGCUAGGAAACCGGGCAAAGAGAAGAUACGAGGGAGACUGAGCAGGCUGGUAUUGAAACUGAAAUGGAAAAAGAAGGACAAUAACUGAGGCAAUGGGGCUUCGUACUGGCAUAUCUUUGCACUUCACAUAAACCUAAUGGC